AUGUCGACAGCAACUCCAACUCCAUCCUCGCCCCAGCUGCCACCAGCCAAACGCAUGCGUUCGAGAUCUCCAGAGCAGGCCAGUAACGGGCACGCAUCAGCCUCGACCUCCACUGCCGCACAAUCCGCACCGCCGGCACCCUCUGCCCAGGACAAGCAAGCUCGCAAGGCCGAAGCGCGCCGAUUGCGUCAGAAACGCAAGGACUAUGCCAAGCAGCUCACCAAGACAGGCCGUGAACCCAUCGAGUUCGACAUCGAGGAACUGCUCGGAGUUCGCAAGGUGACCGACAUCCUCUCGGAGGGUCUCGAGCAUCAGUACAAGUUCGAACGCGGUACUCGCCUCACGCUUCAAAUCGAGCGUCUCGAUGCGCACGGUGACGGCCUUGCAAUUGCUCCCGAGCGUGAUUGGAUCAUUGCUGUGCCUCACACUCUGCCGGGAGAGAAAGUGACACUCGAGAUUACCAGCAAUGAGAGACUGUAUUCCAAGGCCAAGGUGGCAGAAAUCUUGAACAAGAGCGAGGAAAGGAACAACGAGCUGGUGCGAUGCAAGUACUUUGGCGACUGCGGUGGAUGCCAGUAUCAGAUGAUCGACUAUGCCAAACAGCUGGAGAUCAAGCGUGGUGUCGUUGAAAGGGCGUUCGCACGCUUCUCAGGAUUGAAUCCAACAUUAGUGCCUGCAGUGCUGCCGACAAUCGCUUCGCCCAACCAGUACAACUACCGAACCAAGCUCACCCCACACUUCGAGCUCCCCUACGAGCUGCGACGCGGUAGGAGAGGUACCACAGGCGAAAACGGCGAAAAGCCGCAGUACUCGGUGCCCAUCGGCUUUGACUGCAUCGGUACUAAAAGGGUCAUGGACAUCGAAGAGUGUCCCAUUGCCACCAGGACGAUCAACAAGGCGCUCCCCGCUGCCAAGCAAAAAGUCAGGGACACAAUCGAGUCGUUCAAGAACGGUGCCACCAUUCUGCUUCGCGACUCGUUGCGAACCUACGACAGCUUCGCCGAAGACCUGCUCGUCACCGCAUCGCACCCUGCCAACGGACAAGUGGAGAAGGAGUUGGAUACCGAAGUUGUCACCGACCACAAGGCUACCGUCAAAGAGCGUGUGCUAACCACCAAGUUCGAAUCGCCCGCCGGCACUUUCUUCCAGAACAACCGAAGCAUCCUACCUAGCUUGCUCGACUAUGUGCGCGAUGCCAUCACCUCGUCCUCGUCUUCGGCUGGCAGCGACGAGCGCUACCUUGUCGACGCCUACUGCGGUUCGGGCCUGUUCAGUCUGUGUCUCGCCUCGCUCUUCCGCGAAGUGUCGGGCGUCGAAAUCUCGUCCGAAUCCAUCAAGUACGCUACCAAGAAUGCCGAGCUCAACGGCAUCACCAACGCCAAAUUCCUCGCUGGAAACGCUGAAGACAUCUUUGCAAAGAUCGAGUACCCUGCACAGCAGACGACGGUGAUCAUCGACCCGCCCAGGAGGGGCUGUGACGACGAGUUCAUCCGACAGCUGGUCAAGCUGGGGCCCAAGCAUAUUGUGUAUGUUUCGUGCAACGUGCAUACCCAGGCGAGGGAUGUGGGCCAGCUGGUUGCAAAGGAUGCGCGAUACAAGAUCAGGAGCGUCCGCGGCGCCGAUUUGUUCCCCCAGACACAUCACGUCGAAGGCGUUGCUGUUCUUGAACGUGUUGAUGCCUAG